CCCAUCUGCUCCAUUCAGAUCUCUCCUUUUCCCCUGGUCCAGAGCUCGUGUGGUGGCUCCCCCCCUCCCCCCCCCCCCCCCCAAACUCAGGUCCCCAUCGGCCGCGCACUUUCGGGGAAAACGUCCGACCCUGCCGAUUGAUUGAUUGAUUGAAUGAAUCUCGCUUUCAUUUAAUCUGCUGUCGGUUCCUCCUCCUCCACCGUCUAGUCCCAUCGAAUCCUUUCUCUCUCUCUCGCCCUCUUCGCUUCCCCUCAUUCUUCCCGCCUCCGUCCUCCGCUUCGUCGGUGUCCUCCGUCGGCCAUCUUCUGAUCGCGCCGGUCGCAUUUCUCCCAAUCACCCUCUUUCUACCUCAUCACAGCCAUCAUGACUUCCAUAAAUGGUGGUCCGAUGUCUGUGGACCUGAGUGCGGGCAAUCGCCAAACCAUGACACCAGAGGCUAUGCCAAGCCAACCCAAUUCCAGACCCUCGACAAUCGGGGCCGACUUUUUCAAGUUCUUCAGCGGCACACAGAAGAAGGUUACUCGAGAUGGUCAACCGGCCAAACGACGUGGUCCCAAACCCGACAGCAAACCCGCCCUUACCAGACGACAGGAAUUGAAUCGCCAGGCUCAGAGAACUCAUCGCGAGCGCAAGGAACAAUAUAUACGGGCGUUGGAAACGGAGGUGUCGCGGUUGCGAGAGGCAUACACACAGGAGAUUUCGGCGGCCAACUUGACGGUGGUUCAACACCGGGAUAUGGUGCAGUCGCUAUCGGACGAGAACACCAUCCUGAAAGACAUCCUCACGGCCCAUGGCAUCAACUACGAACCCGAGCUCGAGCGGCGCAAGGCUGAACGACCCACGAUCGGCUAUCAGUCUAGCCCAUUUGCCAGCAGUAGCACGGGAUCGCAGCCCACCGGCGUUGCUCCUUCCAAUCCCUCAACGAACAACAUGUACACCACACCCCCGACCACCGUCUCCGCAAGCUUGAGUCCGAUCACCACGGGGAUCGAGCAGAUUGAUGUGUCGUCGAGCGAGAUGUCACCACCGCAAGGGCCGUAUCAGGCUGCCCCGUGUGACGCCCUCGCGACGCUCGACCAGAUCGCGCCGGUGAGCCGGGCACCGAGGCACCCAUCGGGCAUCUUUGAGGAGCACCCCCAGCUGCAGAUUGACUUUAUCUUGACAUUGGAAUCGCCGUGUCGCGAACAUACCGACUAUCUCUGCCGCCGAUCGAUCACGGAAGCCGAUGACGAGGACAUGCCAUUCUCGGGUCAUGCCUUGAUGGCGACCUGCCCGCCGCCCAGUUACAUCGCCACCACCUCGAAUGAACAGACUUAUCCGCACAAGACCUACGACCUCCCUCACGCCAAUCUGUCGACCCUUCUCAACCUCAGUCGGCAGCUCGUGACGGACGGACAGAUCACGCCUAUCAUGGCGCUGCAGUGUUUGAAGAACCACGAGCUCUACCGCAGCCUGACCAAGGACGACGUCAAAGUGAUCAUCGAGACGCUGAACACCAAAGUGCGCUGCUACGGCUUUGGCGCGGUGGUGGAAGAUUUCGAAUUGAUGGACUGCCUGAGCAGUGUUCUCGGAGCCAAGGUCGAGGGCGCCCUUUCCCAUCCCGGCGAUGAGAUGAUGUAUUCGUGAGCUGAUGGCAGAAGCGGGCGAUCUGGAUGGAGUUAAUGAGGUGAUUAUUUGGGUUUGGGUACUGUUCUAACAGGGUUUGCUUUGGCGAGGUGUAUAUAAAAGCUCUGGGAGCAAGGCUGUUCUUUUCUUCUGAUUCUCUUCUUCCUGUGGGGUUUAACCGCCAGAGCGCACUGGCCAUACAACUUGU